AUGAAAGCGCGUAAAGUACUUCAAAGAUACCUGUUGGACGUUGAAUUUUGUUCCAAGCCAUUCUACAAGAAGGCAGUUUACCUGGACUACGAAGGAAUAAAUAUGUUAAAUAUCUUUGGAAGAAGAAUAGAGGAGUCUAAAAUAAAGUGUAAGUCAAAUGCAGCCAGACAAACUAGAGCUCAUCGAAACAGUAUUAUUGCAAUUGAUGUUGCAGAAAUAGCACGAGAGGAUGAGAGGACCACAUUCAUGAUUAAAAAUAUUUCAAACAAAUAUACACAGCGAAUGUUGUUGGAAACCUUCGACGCGACUCACAAAGGGCAAUACGAUUAUAUAUAUUUAAAAAUAGACUUUAACAAUCGCUGCAAUGUGGGGUACGCGUUUGUUAACUUUGUUGAUACCAACGCAGUGCUCUCGUUUAUCAAGAGUCGCGUUGAGAAAACACAUCUUGAUCGAAAAAUUCCGAAACAGCAAGGCGUGAUGAAGGAGGCUUCUUCCCCUACGGAGGCUUGA